UCAAAUAUGAAAAAAAGUAAGUGAUAAUAAUACAUAUAUACAUAGAGUCCCUGAAGGAAUUGAAAUAGUGCUAUAUAGAUAGCACUGUACUGGGAAUUUUUCUCCAAAUCCAGCGCCUCCAUAUGGUUUUGGUGGGGAUGCCGCCGUUAGCCGCCCUGAAGUGGCCUGCGGCCCUCGAAUUCUCCGGUGGAAUUGCGGCGAAUCUCGAAGGCGUAAUCGCUUUAUACCACCAGUUUCUAGCCUUUUUCAGGUCAGACUCCGGCGUCUCAGUGAUUUCAUUUAUAUUGUACUCUGCUGGCACGUUUCUUGCGAUCACUGCGCCUGCAUGGAUAUUUUUGGUCAAAUUUUCCAACAAAAGGAAGAAAAUCAAUAAGCCCUUUAUUCCUGCGGCUGCUUUUGAGGCCGAGGUCAACGGAGAGUCGCCGGAGGGGCUGACUUUGGGACCCACCGACGACGGUGCAUUCUUGCCAGGAAUUAUAGGUGAAAUAAUCGCAGAUGUUGAUGCUGAAUAUGCAGAGGAACUCACAACGGAUGAUGCCGAGUAUGCAGAGGAAAUGCAGUUCCAUGAAGCAUUGCUGGCUUCUAUUUUCACCUGUGAAAUAGCUGAUAAUCCAUCUUCGUCUGUGCAAGAACCUAUUAUGAACACAGAGCUGAUGAAGUUCGAAAUCAAACCUGAGAACUCAUCCCAAAGCUUCUGUGAAAUUUGUUUGGAGAACAAAGAGAGCUGGCAGAUGUUCACAAACGACAAAUGUCCACACUCCUUCUGUUAUGACUGCACAACCAGCCAUAUCGUGACGAAGAUCCAAGACAAACUGAAAGAGAUAUCUUGCCCUGCUAUAAACUGCAAAGCCGCACUGAAUUUUGAUGCUUGUAGGCUAAUGAUCCCAGAAGAUACACUCGUUCAAUGGGACGAGUUGCUAUGCAUGUCCCUUAUUCCCGAGUCUCAGAAGCUGUAUUGUCCCUUUCGUGAUUGUUUGGCUCUGUUGGUGAACGAUUCCGGGGAAGUCAUCAGGAAGAUAAAAUGUCUCAUCUGCAAGCGAUCAUUCUGUGCAGAAUGUGCUGUCCCUUGGCAUUCUGAGUUCACGUGCAAGGAAUUCCAGAAGCUGUACGCAAAAAGAGGAGGUAAAGACGACAAGAUAGUUAAACUUCUUGCCAAGAAGAAGAACUGGCAGAAAUGCCCCAAAUGCAAUGUGUAUGUCGAAAAGACCGAGGGCUGUGUGCAUAUGACCUGCCGGUGCAGAUAUGAAUUCUGCUACCGAUGUGGAGUAAAGUGGUCUGAGUCUCACGGUAAUUGCCGGCCAAAAUCAUAGGCUGCUGAGGAACGGAAAAAGGUUUGCAUUGUAUAUGUGUAUAUAGCUUUUCUUGCUUGUUUGUUUCUUCAAGAAUUUGAAGUAGCAACAGAUCUUUAACAGUGCAUAGUAGUCUGGAUUGGAGCUUGGAAGUUGAGGAAGUUGAUUUGAGUUAUAAUUUUUUCCAUUCUACUUUCAUGUCCCUGCAAAAAUCAUCACAAACACAAAUCACAAGUAAAAUUUAAUCCCA